AUGAGCAAAUGGGUGUUCUUGGAUCCGUGGAUGGAGGCUGUGCGUGCGAAUAUGACAACCGCCCAAUCUGAGAAUUCCAGUGAUCUGUCAGUUCUACGAGUUUCACUUAAGAGCUCAUUCCGAGACAGCAGAAACAGGGCGCAUGACUAUAUCGUUCCGAUAAAGUAUUCGACACUCCUGGAGGAUCACGAACGACGACAACUCCGAGAGGCUAUGGAGCUUGUUACAAUUCUUUCGAUAGUAGACAACGAUGCAUUCGUGAAUCUUAUGAACGAGAAGUGUGGCGAUAUUCACACCACAACGAAACAUCUGCACGCAUCAAAUGCAUAUACUCAUGGGUAUAAUGCUCACUGGCAGCUUUCGAUUAAUGGAACUCUGCAGACUGGCGCCCUAGUUCACAACCAAGUGUCAUGGAGUGCUUUACUUGGACUUCCUAAUAACACAUCAACUUUCUCCGAUCCGUUUUUGCUUGCCAAGCAAAAGUUAGCAGCGAUGGGUUUGAAAAAGGCUGAGCGGAUGUACAAGUUGUUGAUAGACUGGACGAUUGAGCUUUCAGCUGCUACCGUUUCAGGAAAACUGCAUACUGGAGAAAGUGGGAAACCAUUUUCAGCAGCGUUACAUAAACUACUUGACACUGGCGUCCCGUAUGUUGUCCAGAAAGUUGGUAUUCAAGGCGGGAGUGCUUUUAUUAAAACUGAAAGAGAACCUGCAUCAGGACGUGAGUUUAUCAAUUCGUUAUUGGAGCAACUGACAGGAGAUGUGGUUAUCUCGCAUUAUGAUUUUGCUGCACCGGACGCAGUAGAACUUUGUGUAGCCGUGACAAAAACAAGCAUGGCGCGUCUUAUACUAAACCUCAACGACUGGGAUACGAUGUCACAACUUGUGCAACAUGCUGGUACCAUGCUAAGUUUAAUGCUUAGCGGCAGCGCAAUUUGUAAACAAAAGGACGACACUCGCAACUUUCCAAGGAACCAUCACGAACGAAGCAUCCCACUCAACAUAGCUUGCUGUCAAACACCUUACUCGACGAUCGGUUCUGUAUGCUCCGCAAUUGCAAACUUGAGGUGGGCGUGUGGCGUAACUAUUUCGCUGCAGAUUCUAACUAGCGAGCCAAUAUCCAAAUGGGGUUGGCUCGUGUACGCGAUCUGUUGCGGUUUUUCAAACAAUAAUGAACGGGAAGUGUCAAUUUUUGAGGCUUCCUUGACACAAACAGAUUUGGAUGUGAUUGACCAAGUGCUGAAAACUAGAUUUCCCGUCCCUACGAUCGGGUCAGCGCCCCAAGAGUAUGGGUAUGUUGUUAUGCAAGAAGGAGCACAGUUCCUUUACUCGAAUGAAACUACCACUCUUGUGACUACUACAUCAUGCCGCUGUCGGGCAGCUCGCUGUACGGAUAUCCGUAUGAUGGCAAACAUGGCACGUGUCGUUGUUCCUGGCUACGAUAUAUGCAGAGUCAAAAUUGGUGAUGGGGCAGUUUUUAUUCCUGACAAUUCACGGGGUUUCUCUCAGGGAUAUCAGUCACGCUGUAUUCGUGCUCUCAUACUUGACAGAUUGGUGGUGGGGGAUGAUUCGCUCGUGGUCGAGUUAUUGUCAAAAAUCGGGAAAGGACUGCAGAAGCUAUGUAUUGCCAAGGCAGAAAGCUCAUUUCGCUAUCGAAAUGAUGAAGGUCUGGAUCUGAGUGUUUUAGCUGCGAUUUGCCCUGAACUGGAGGAGCUCACGCUAAUGGCCUAUGACGUGGUAGUGUCCGAGCAUAAUGAACCACUUCACCGUUGGCCAGUAAAGAAAAUGAGGCUUUGUGAGACCUCACGCUUCCCUUCACUAACCCAGUGCUUGACGGACAACACUUUCUUACAGCAGCCAAUCUUGCUCAGCUUUCUGUUACGUCGUCGUAUGGCUCCUCGUUUAGUGAAGAUGAGAUCAGAGAGCUUAAAUCUCAUGACGGCCAAUCGCGCAACGCAUCGUCAUGGGUUGGAAGCACAACCACAUCGAAGCAACUAA